GGUUACGCUUGCGUUGUUGGCGCGUCUACUAAGACCCAGACUCAGUUCAAGAUCACACGAGGGAACUUGUCUGAGCGGAACACACUGUUAAAUAUAGGCACUAAGGUUAUGAGUGGGAGCUUGGAAACUUCGGAGGAACACUUAAACGCCCCACUCCGUUACUGACGGCUGUGUAACCGGCUAAAGUUGGAAACUUUAUUCCAACUUUGCAACGGAGCACAGACAAAGCAGCAAAGGACGCCGGAGCUUUAAUUGCACAGCGGGUUUUUUUCCUUCGGAGCGGUUUGGACGCACAACUCUUAUCUCCAUCCUCCUCCACCUGCAAUCAUGACACGCAAGUCGUGCGCCGUUUACGUGGUGGGGAUCCUGUGCGCCUGCCUGGUGAUCACUGGCAUCGGCUUGUUUGUGGGUCAGGUUUUCCGCCAUCUGAUGCACAACCGUCUAAAAAAGGAAAUUGUUUUGGUGGAGGGCAGCCGCGUGUUCGAGUCGUGGAAAUCGCCUCCUCCUCCCGUGUACAUGGAGUAUUUCUUUUUCAAUUUCACCAAUUUGAACGAGUUUCUUGCGGGGGCCAAGCCAGUGCUCAAAGAGGUCGGCCCCUACACCUACAGGGAAUACAGGUAUAAGGACAAUGUGACCAUGAUGGAAAACAACACAAUGGUGUCUGCAUUGAACAUCAAAAGCUUUGUGUUCCUGAGAGAGAAAUCUGUGGGAGACCCAGCUGAGGAUAACAUCACCACUGUCAACAUUCCUAUCUGGGCUGUGAUGAACAAGGCGAAAGUGAGCUAUUUUCGGUCUACCAUGGCCAACUUGCUUAUAAACCAGGCCAAGUCUGAACUCUUCACUACUCGGACUGUGCACGAGCUGCUCUGGGGCUACGAAGACCCUUUGCUGGCUCGUGUGGCCAGCACCAGUUCUGACGUGGAUAAGGUCUUCGGUCUCAUGUACAAGAAAAAUGGAACUCACAAUGGAGAAUUCGUCUACCACACCGGAGUGGAGGACUACAUGGAUUAUGGGCGGGUCAAAACGUGGAAAGGUCAAAGCCAGCUGGACUUCUGGACGAGCGACUACAGCAACAGCAUCAACGGAUCCGAUGGAAGUGCCUUCCAUCCCUUUCUGACCAAGGAUGAAACCAUUUCAAUCUUCACCCCAGACCUCUGCAGGACCAUUUACAUGAACUUUGAGAAGGAGGUGGAGGUGAAGGGGAUCCCGGCCUACCGCUUCACCCCGCCGCGCGCCGUCCUGGCCAGCAAGGAGGAGAACCCCGACAACGAGGGCUUCUGCGUCAGCCCCAAGGAGUGUCUGGGAACGGGCCUGCUGAAAGUCAGCCCGUGCCGUAAAGGUGCCCCGGUGGUCGCCUCCUUUCCUCAUUUCUAUCUUGCUGAUGAUAAGUACGUGGCUGCCCUGGAAGGACUGUCUCCUAAAAGAUCGCAUCACCAAACCUUCCUAGACCUGAACCCAACCUUGGGAGUGAUUGUAAGAGCCAACAAGAGAGCGCAGGUUAACAUCCUGAUCCACAGAAUUUCUGGGUUUUAUAAAACCAAAGGGCUGAAUGAAACCGUCUUCCCCAUCAUGUUCCUCAACGAGAGUGUGGUGAUUGACGAUGCGUCUGCAGUCAGAGUCAAGAAGCUGCUGACGAUCACCGUCGUCGUCUCCAACUUCCCUCUCAUCAUCGUGGGACUCGGAGGCAUCUUGCUCAUAGUCCUUAUCGUCCUGCUGUUCCGAAACUGUAAUGAGAAGAAUGAAGUUAAGCGCAUUGUGUUUACCAAGCCUUCCCAUACUAGCGCUGCUGAUGAGGACACUUCGUACUCUCCGGUCAAUGAAAAGGAGAAGGAUGAUCCUCAGAAUGGAAGCUACAUUGGGAUGACACCUAAAUCCCACCCACAGGCCUAAGGAGAAGAAAGGAACCUUUAGAAAGAACCCACCCUCACAACCUUUAGCAUUGCAAACAGGGAUUAGGGGGCGAAAACAAACCACAGACAUGAGUCAAUAUGUCCUUUAUAAUUGAAAAUCUGUUGUGUUUUUCUUUGUCUGGGGCAGAUUUAACGGAUAGAAUAGAAUAGAGUUAUUAUAACAUAUCUUACUGAAUGUACUUAGUUUUAUAUAUGCAGAGCUACCUAAAGCCCAUGUCUUACAAUAGAUAUUUAUUAGAAGUCACUAUUUUAAUUCAUGUGUAAUGAUGGACGGCCAGAGUUGUGGUGGACUCAUACAAAGAGGCAGCGAGCACUUGGGGAUGAUUGAUGUCUCACAUCAUUCUGUGAUUGACUACAUAGACAAUGAUGGAGUUCAGUCACUGCCACAUAAGAGAUAGAGGCCAAUUGGGGGCAGGGGUUUGGAUCUCUACACACUGUGAGUUUUUAUGACACAUCACUCUCAGGGGUUUCUGCUUGGAUAAAACAUAAUGAGAGGGAAGCAAACCCUUCUUCUUUCCGAAAUAAGUUCAGUAUUACUAUGUUUCAAUUGCAUUUGAUCCUAACCUAAAUGUUACAAAUCACUUUAACAGCCCACGUUUGGCAUUUGUAUAUACAUAUAAAGAAAUACAUACAGUGGAAGUUAAACUGCUUACAUUCCUCUCAGUUGAUGGCAGGAAUUAACAUCAGACAGAACGCUGUAUAUUGUAGUACAUACAUUUUUGUAAAAUGAGUCAGCCUUUAUGUGUUUUUUGUAAAUGUUAAUGUAGAGAUGUUUAAAUGAAGAACGUUUCAAGUUAGAGCUUCACAAGUGUCUACGUAAUGAGUCACAAUAUUCUUCUAAAGGCCUCACUGUGACAGGAUUUUGUGCCAUGAUACACAAAGUACACAAUCUUUGUUUUGACAGUAUUUUUGCCCUGUAUAACUGCUUUGCCCAUAUCAAAGUGUACUUUAGCUUAUCAUCAUUUCAUUAUCAUCAAAUGCAUAAUAAUUUUACUCUUACUGUGAUAUCCAGAAAUCAUUAAUUCAGGUUUUGUAUAAAUUCUCUUUGGAGUAUACUGUAGCUGCAUGGAAAAGAAAUAGUUUUACUGGAUUGUUCUAGUUCUCCCACGGUUUGUGCCAUGACGACAGAUCUGCUCUAAGGCGCGUUUUCUGUCCUCCAGCCACCGAACGGCUUUUGAGCACUGUUGGACCACAGUUCUGUAGGGCCAGCACGUUUCCUGACUCAAGGCUGGUGAACAUGUCGGAGCUCACGUGCCAUUUAAUGUAGUUUAGAAAAUGCUGACGAAAUGCAUCUGUUGAACUGUGGUGAGCUUUUAUUAUUGCUCUUAUUAUGCUGUUGUUUUAAAAGAGUGUCUUUACCAUUUCAUUACAUGCAUGGUAGUAAACUAUACUGAAACUUGCUUUUUUUAGAGAUUCCAUUUCAUUUGACUACUUUAAAUCGAAUAUGUAUAAUGAAACAUUGAAAAUUGUGUUUUAAAUUCAGAGGUUGAAUGAAUGGAUACAAAAAGCACAGUAUUAAACACUAUUAGUUUGGCAGUUAAAUAGAAUAAAUUAUUUUGUUACACUGAUAAAACCAAAACACAGAAAGCAUUAAAUGGACUCUACACUGGAACACUUUGUGCCAUAUUUUAAUUACUUUCUGAAUUUGUUGGUAUAACCACACAUGCAAUGUUUUGUAACACUGACUGCUAAUACUGUUUUUACUGUGUACACAAAAAAUAAAAGUAGUUUCAGUAAACAUGG